AUCAUCAGUUGUUGUUGGAAAUUCGAUAGAAACCUUUGUUGUUGUUUCCUUUUGUUGUCUCUUGAAUCCUGUUGCUGUUUCUCAAUAACAGUGCGCACCUGUGGUAGGAAGAGGCUGAAAGAGUGCGCACUUUAGCGACCCACCACCAUAGCCGAAAAAGCUUAGAAGAACUUCAAGGAACUUCCCUUCAUCGUUUGAUUCAAAGUUCAUGGCUGCUCCACCGGCUAGGGCUCGUGCGGAUUACGAUUACCUCAUAAAGCUUCUCUUGAUUGGCGACAGUGGUGUUGGAAAGAGUUGUCUUCUUCUGCGUUUCUCCGAUGGUUCUUUCACAACUAGUUUCAUUACAACCAUAGGCAUUGACUUUAAGAUAAGGACCAUUGAGCUGGAUGGAAAGCGGAUCAAGCUCCAAAUUUGGGAUACUGCAGGUCAGGAGCGGUUCCGAACAAUUACAACUGCUUACUAUCGUGGUGCUAUGGGCAUAUUGCUAGUUUAUGAUGUUACAGACGAAUCUUCAUUCAACAAUAUUAAGAAUUGGAUUCAUAACAUUGAGCAACAUGCCUCAGACAAUGUUAACAAGAUACUGGUGGGGAACAAAGCUGACAUGGAUGAAAGCAAAAGGGCUGUGCCUACCUCCAAGGGCCAAGCACUUGCCGAUGAGUAUGGAAUCAAAUUCUUUGAAACAAGUGCAAAGACAAAUCUAAAUGUGGAGGAAGUUUUCUUCUCGAUUGCAAGAGAUAUAAAACAAAGGCUCGCUGACACAGACUCUUCUAAGACAGAGCCGACAGGAAUUAAAAUUAACCCACAAGAUAAGGGAUCUGCGGGAGAGGCUGCACAAAAGUCAGCUUGCUGUGGUUGAGGAGGCAACAUCAUUGUCCAAGAACAAGACAAAUGGAGGAAAAUACUUGUAUGAUGACAAAUUGAUGAUGACUUUUCUGUGUGGUUUUACCUUGUCAUUCUUUCAUAGUUUCUCACUUUUCAGGAGGUUAUAUAUUAAUGCAAAGGUAGAUGUGAUUGUAUCAUUGACCCUUAUGUUGUUUGUUUGAGACAUAAUCCAUUGAUCUGAUUUUUUGAAGGGUUAAUUGCAUUGAGAUUCUUUAAAAUUUAAUAAAAUUAUAUUGAUCUCAUUCUUAGUAUAA